AUGGUCGUUCCUAUUUGUCUUCGAUUAGAAAUUGAUGAUGCUUAUUCAGCUGAUUUAACUUCAUUAAAUUAUCUUACAUAUCAAGCUCCAUUUUAUACUCUUGACAUCAGCCCAAUAAACAGUUUAUCAUCAGGAGAAAAAGUUGACUUAUUGACAACAGCUACCACAACAGCUUAUUUAAAAGCAAAUAGUGGACAACGUGAAGCAAGAGAAUUGGUUUUAGAAACAUAUGUGUUUGACGGAUCUCAAUUAUUUCCAAAUCGUCGUCAAGCCGUUUCAGCUACAAUGUCGAAUGCAUUAGAUUUGACUUAUUCCAUACGUCACACUAAAUCGAAAUCUGAAAGUGAAACAACAACAAACAGUGACCUUCCAAAUAACUCUGCAAUGAUUACAGAACAGCAAUCAAUUUCGCCUCCUCAUCAAAAUUCUUUAUUACAAAGUGAAACUGAACCAAAAGUAAUUUCGACCACUAUUGACACACCAGCAACAACACGACCCAUCAACGAUAAAAAAGAACAGGCUAAACAAAAAGCAAAUCGAAAAAUGUCAACAACAACAAAUGAUUCGACACGUUUUGAUAUCAAAACCCAUUUAUCGUCGGCACCUGAACAGCAACAGUUAAAUGCUCAAACGAUUCCGUUUUAUUGUGGAAAUCAUUUAGUUGAUAUAACAAAAGGAAUUAUGCAUUUAUACAAAGAAAAUAAAUCGUGUGCCACCGAUGAUAUAACGUGUAAACGAAGCGAAAUGUUGUGUAUGUUAGCUAUACCAGCUGAUGUUCCAUGUCGUGAACUAAUUUCAUUUAUUUAUCCCGUAUAUGCCAGUAUUGAAUAUCUGCGAAUUAUUCGAGAUCCAACACCAAAUCAAUAUAUGUGCCUAAUCAAACUUAAAUCACAACGAGAGGCUGAUGAGUUUUAUGAUUAUUACAAUAAUCGUCAGUUUAAUUCCAUUGAGAAGGGUGUUUGUCAUUUAGCGUAUGUAGCUAAAGUGGAUAUAACGAGUACAGCUAAAGAAGGUUCCUGUCCAAUACCUGGACUUACUGAACUACCACCUUGUUAUAUAUGUCUCGAAAGAAUGGACGAAAGUUUGUCGGGUGUGUUGACAAUUCUGUGUAACCAUUCAUUUCACGGUGAUUGUCUCAUCAAGUGGGGAGAUAGUUGUUGUCCUGUGUGUCGUUAUGUACAAACACCUGAAGUAACUGAUAGACAAUCUUGUUUUGAAUGUGGAUCACAAGAAGAUUUAUGGAUAUGUUUAAUAUGUGGCCAUGUUGGUUGUAGUCGAUUUAAGCAAGGUCAUGCAUUUGGACAUUUCGAAUUAACUCAACAUACAUACACAAUGGAUUUAAAACGCCAGCAUGUUUGGGAUUAUGUGGGUGAUAAUUACGUACACAGACUGAUACAAAAUAAAGAUGAUGGAAAACUUGUUGAAGUUCGAACGGAAGGAGAAAAUUUAACAAUGGGACACAAUCAAUCGUCUAAAAGUGAUUACUCACAAGAAAAAAUUGAUUCGAUGGAACUUGAAUAUACUUAUUUGUUAACAAGUCAAUUAGAAUCUCAACGUCGAUUUUUUGAAGAAAAAGUUCGUUUCGUUGAAGAUGAUACACAUGAGAAAAUUGAAAAAUUAGAACAAACUAAUAAACAAUUACAUGAUCAUAAUCAACAAUUACAGCUAUCAUUCGAUACGUGUUUGAAAGAGAAACAAGCGCUUGAAAAAAAAUCUCAACAAAAAUUGUUCAAAGUACAAAAAGAUCUAGAUGAAGAAAAAUUAAUGAAUGAACAAUUGAGAUUAAAUCAAACAUAUUUUCAACAAGAAAUUCAAAAAAUGAAGGAACAAUUUGAUGUACAUAUUAAACAGAAAGAUAAGGAAAUGGAUGAAUUAAAAGAACAAUUACGCGACGUUAUGUUUUAUAUUGAUGGUCAACAAAAACUAAAAGAAAUGUCGGAUUUAUCAAAGGAUGAAUUAGAAACUAGUCAAGUUGUGGUGACAAGUCCAUCAGACAAUUCGACUGGUGCAUCAUCAACUUCCAGUAAUAGAACUCAACGUCGAAGAAGAAAAUAA